AUGCUGCCAGAGCACCAUCCGAUAUUCAAAUGCCAGCCGUUUGAAACUGGCCGUUUGAAACGGUUUGUUUGCCAUUCUGAAUCAAACGAUCAUAAAACCGUGGUGGUGGAGGGAAACAGUAUAAAAUGGUGUUUGCCAGAGGAGUCAGAGUACAAGUUUGUGGACUUUACCGCAAUUACAAACUGCACAAAUGCCGUGUUAAACAGUCUCGGUACGCUUUUGUGCCUUUACAGCGAUCGAGAACUGCAAAUUUUAUCGCUCGACGGCGCGCACUCGCGGGAAACACCAAUUGAGUAUCGAAUUCCAGUUUCCCGUGGUGUUAAGCAGGUUUUAUGGCAUCCAAACGCUCGUCUUGAUUCGUGUUUUGUGGUACUCACCCCAAGCGAUGAAAUUUGCAUGUACGAACUUUUGAGCGAGAACGUCACUGAACCCACUGGCGUUUGGAACUCCUCAACGUUCAAGCCUGGAACAGAUACCACUGUAAGAGAUAUUGUCUCAAUCGCUUUCAGCAAUGAUGGUAUGACACUUUACGCGCUCAACACGAGUGAGGGUGCGGAUAUCUACUCCAUCUACCCAUUUUUGCCCUCAGAAGUCGAAUUAUCGGACGAUGCAAUCCAAUACUGCUUUCAUAAGGCCUUGCUUCAGUACAAUGGUCUGGCCGAUGGCGACUCUCCUCAAACCAAACACCAGGUUACAAGACAGCUACAGUUCGCAUCUCAGCUUCACACUCAGCUGCAAAAACAUCGCAGCGAGCCAGGCAAAACUGAUCCCCUAGUGCUGCCAGUAUCGAGUUCGUUCAGAAAAGCGGUUAUGCAAGGACCUUACACUAUCAAUCCAUUUCCAGAGCGUCUCUAUCUCGCCACCGCCGUGCAACUCAAUACGCUGAACUUGAAUGACAAUACCAGUGAGAUUCUCCUGAUAUCCUUCGACGAUGGGACAAUCUUACAUUGCUUCCCAGAUUCGGAACCCACGAUGGCCUGGGAGAGCGUUGAAGUGUGCCAGAACAACUCUUUAGUUACAAUCAAAGCCAUGAAUUUACCUGGACUCAUAGCCGUGACAUCGAAGAGUGCAUUCGUCGUUCUCUCACCUCAAAAGGCUUCUCUGGUCGACGUUUCUCGGCUUACAAAGACAAUCGAUCAAGCAUUGCGCGACUGCGACAUUUCAGAACUGGCGGAAGCUGACUUAAGCGAACAAAUAAUCGAGCAACAAGGAUCAUUUGAGACAGCCACUUUAUGGUCUACAGGAUUACAGUUUGUUUUACUGUCGAAAACUUCAACAAGUCACCUCGAUAUUCCCACUUCAAAAAAAACUUUGAUACCCAGGGAGCAGAAGCACAUAGAGAAGUCCACUCAGCGACGCCCAUAUGACCAGCCAAUGACAGAACUGCUGGCUCUUAACAAGAAAGUACAAUCAUUGAUGAAGACUCCAUUAUCCACGACGAUAGAGCCAAGGCUGCGACAGGUAAAACUCGAUAACGCAAGUAAUGAAGAACAGCUUUCUGUCCUAACUGACAUUUCCAAAGAACUGUUAACACGAGUCAUGGUAGCUCAAACGUCGGUUCUGUCGCUUCACACACGGGUGAUGGGACAGCAAGGUGAGCUAACCAAACAGCUUGAAAUGGUAUGUGAGAUUAAAACCAAGAAAAAAGAGAUUUGUGAAAAGUUGAUUCCCCAGCAAGAGAGGUGGAGAUGUGUAGAAAAAAAGAACGAAUCAAUCAAGAACAGGUUUACGGCUUUGCAACAUAAAUUGAAGCAAAUCUCGGCUUCAGAUGAAAUAAAAUCAAGACCCAUUGCUCGUUCAGAGAUGGAGUGGUUUAUGGAGGUGAAGAAUCAAAUUUCAAAGUUCAAUCGUUUGGUGUAUUCACAAAGGGAUUUGAACGAGACUUUGUCCGUAUUGAAAACGGAAUUGGAAUAUGUGAAGGUUGAUGGUAAUAGUACUACACCUGGUGCUGUAGAUGAUGUAUCGUGGGAAGAGCUGCGGGAGCUGCUAGCUAAAGAUGCAAAGAUAAUUGGAGAGUGUCAAGCUGAGCUACAAACCGCCGCAAACGAGCUUGGGUAG